UCUAUCAAAAGCCUAUGCCUAUCCUCAUUUGGACACUGUGAAGUGUGAAACUCUCCAUUGAUGUUUUAACUUUUAUUUAUAAGUUUUUGCAGAUUUACUUGCUAUGUACUGAGUUUAAGUAAAAAUGGCAUCCUCAUCGGCUACAUGGAUAUAUCAAGGUAGAGGAUUGAGAGGUUUUGUAUAUCAAGACGAUUUUGUUUCUAGCAAGCCAAAUUUCAAUCGCUUUCAGAAAUCAUUGGUAGGUUCAUUUCCCACUGGAAUAUUGCAAGUUAGUGUUGGUUUGAAAAAUCCAUCAAGGAGAGUUUCAUUACUUUCACCUAUAAAGUGUGAGAAGAAGGAUGAACCAAUUGAAUACGUUUCUGUUGAGCGUCCUCCCUACUAUAGUUACUUGGACUCAACAUCUGGCCAACUUGAGCCAGCUUCUGGUGCCCGUGCAAGUAUUCCGGGAGAAGAAUACUGGCCAGAAGGCACUGCUAGUCGAGUUAGGGCUGCCAGUGCUCCUGAGCCGAUGGGUGAGUCAACAGGAUUGCCUUCUUACGGAAAACAUCCUGGAAGUAGGAGGAAGAAGUAUAAAACAUCUGUUGCUUCUCGUGGAGCUUCUGAAGUGAGUGUGGAAUCAAGGGAUCCUGUGGAACCUGAAAUUUCUGAAGAUACAACGGAAGACCCAAAAGACACCUCAUCCGAGUAUGUUGUUUAUCAGACAGAACCUGUGGAAGAAGAAGAAACUGGGUAUGAAUUAGACAAGAAACUUGGACGUCCUCAUCCCUUCAUUGAUCCUGAAAAGAAGAACACAAUAGAGGAGCCGCUAACAAGUGAAGAACUAUGGUGGAACUGGAGAAAGCCAGAGAAGGAACAAUGGUCCAGAUGGCAAAGACGGCGACCUGAUGUUGAAACGGUUUUUCUCAAAGCGAUGGCUGAGACUGGGCAAGUAAAGCUUUAUGGUGAUCAUCCAACAUUAACAGAAACUUCUCUUUACAGAGCUAGACGACAUCUUUUCAAGGAAGAAAGACUGCAAGCUGAACAAGAGAGACUAGAGAAAAUAGGACCAAUUGCAUACUACUCGGAAUGGGUAAAAGCAUGGAAGAGGGACACUUCACACGAAACUAUUCAGCAACAUUAUGAGGAGACUGGUGAAGAUGAAAACAUGCAACUAAUUGAAAUGUUUAGUCAUCAAACAGAUCGAGAAUUUCGCAUAAUGAUGGGGACUGAUGUUCGUAUCAAGAGGGAUCCCCUAGCAAUGCGAAUGAGAGAGGACCAAAUAAAGCAAAUAUGGGGUGGAGAUCCUGUGUAUCCAACUGUGAACUACAUUCAAGAUCCAGAUGAAGUGAUUGAUUACAGGGGUCCAGAUUUUCAUGAACCAACACCAGAUAUGCUUGCUUAUCUGAAGGAGCAUGGAAAAAUCAUAUCACGAGAACAGCUUAAUAUGCUUCUUUCAAAAGAGAAGACUGAAGAACUUGAGAUGACUGAUAUGGAUGACGCGAUAGCACGAGCUGUUGACAUUGGUGAAAAGGAGGAGGAAGGAGAAGAUAGUGAGGCUGAAGGCGAUGAAGAACAGGAGAAAAUUUCGCGAAAUUGGAGCGUUCUGAAGAGUACUCCACAGCUUCGAAAGUCAAAGCUACAGGCUAAGCCCAAGAAGGACGAUCCCAUGUCUCUUGAUGAGGCUAUAGACGAUUCGGAGAACUUGACUGAUUUUCUUUUAGAUUUCGAAGAAGAAGAGUGAUGCUUACAGCCAAGAUGAUUCAUUUAAAUGAUUUUCUUUUAGACUUUAUUAUUCUUGCUAAAAAACAAUUGGGUUAAUGUGAGCAAGCCAAGUUCAUAAUUAUAAAGCUAGUUGUUGUUGUGUAAAUUGUCUAGUAGAAAAGGUUUAUUAUAAUUUUUUACAAUGAUGUUAUAACUUGUAGCACCGCACAAGAGGGCCACUGCCUUCAUGACAAAAUCUCUUUCAUUUUUC